AUGGCCUUCGUUCGGGCCCUAACGGCUCGAUCGCUUCCCAGUGCUACCUCAGCGGGGCAGAUCUUCAGGAAUCUUCAAUCUUCGUCGCAAGAGGCCAUUGUGUCCUCAGAGCGCCCGUGGACGGUGAACAGAGAGUGCGAUCCUGCCUCCCACAACUUAACCCAAGGCGAGGCCUAUGAUUGGACGUGCGCGCUCCACUGUGCAGGCGGCAGCCAUUUUGCCGAUGCCGCGAAGUCGUGUUUGUGCGACUGCCUCACCGAAGAUCCGGCCACUUUCUUGGGCUUGGCUAUCGUGGCCCUCGGCAUGCUUGCUGUCACUUUGAGUACCUGCAUUCUCUGCGGCGUCGCGAUGAAGACUGUCUACAGGAUGGCUUUCCCGCCCGACCAGCUGGUUGAGGGCGCGAGACAGGUGGGGCACAGCCUUGGGGAACUUGGCCCUGCAAUGGAAACUGAAGCACACGUCAGUGUCCGGGUUUCUCCUGAAGAGUGUUCAGAACCGGAUGAGUGCGCUGUGGCAGCGGUCAUAUCAUCCCCGAAGAAUUCCCACAGAGUUUCGAGCAAGACCUCCGCGCCACCUGCGUCAGUAAGGGCAUCCUCCCACAGCAAAGAAAGGCGUUCCAGCUGCCCAGAUGAGGUCCUUCGCGGGUCACGCCGGCCCCACAGCGCCGCCCCAAGCUCCCGCGGCGGAAAGGACCUUCCAACGGCCUGGGCUGGGCCAGAUACUGCGACCACCAGGACCCGCGACGACAUAGCCCCAGAGAUCCUGAGGCACCAGGCACUCUCCAGGCAGGGCUGUCGACGCAGUUCCGCAUGUGGCAAAGGAGGACCCAUUCCUGGAGGCCGAGCCAGAGCAGGAAGCCUACUGAGCGCCCCCGCCGUGCCUGCCGGUACUCGGGCUCUAACCCCACGGCCCUAA